GGUCUCCUAUUUAAUCCACCAUAUUAUCAUCCCUACUCAAAAGUCGGGAGUAUCAUAUAAAUUACGAGAGUCAAAUUGUAACAAUUAAAAAAAAAAAAAACGUAUACUACUAGCUAGUGUCAAACAAACCACCAAGGAGUAGGAGUAGGAGUAGGAGUUGAUGUUGAGACCUUCCACAAAACGACGACCGAAUCAUUGAGUCAUCAACUCAUCACUAUUCACUCAUCACUCUAACCACUAACCCAGCAACUAGUAACGAACUACCCACUCUACUCUACUGUAGAGAGAUUCACAGGAAGAAAGAGAAAAUUAGUAGUAAAAUAAGAUUGAUCAACAACACACAAUACAUACUAACAAAUUUUAGCAAUUUCACCAUCAAACAUCAAAUCAAUGGGAACUGAAAGAAACCAUGGAAACCCCUGCAUCGUUGCUUCCCAUGAUGCAACUUGUGGUGCACCAACUUGGAUAGGUAAAGGCCUCACUUGUUAUUGCUUCAAGAGGAAGGGGUCCUAUGAACGUAUAUGCAUUACCUUGACACCCUUGCAGGAACAAAGACUUAAUAGGUUGAAGCAUCGCAUGAAGAUUUACUUCGAUUCCUCAAGAUCAGACCACCAGGAGGCUCUCAGGGCUUUAUGGUAUGCUACAUACCCUGAUCAGCAGCUCCAUGCUUUAAUAUCUGAGCAAUGGAAAGAAAUGGGAUGGCAGGGAAGAGAUCCUUCAACGGACUUCAGAGGAGCUGGCUUUAUUUCUUUGGAGAACUUGCUGUUCUUUGCCAAGACAUUUUCUACAUCUUACCAGCAUUUAGUGAAAAAACAAGGUGGAAAACGUGCAACGUGGGAGUAUCCCUUUGCUGUUGCUGGAGUAAAUAUAACAUUUAUGCUCAUACAGAUGCUUAAUCUAGAUGCCCCGAAAGGAAGGAAUUUUGUUAGAGCGGUCUUCUUGCAGAUGUUAUCAGAAAACCAUUGGGCCUUUGAUUUGCUUUAUUGUGUAGCCUUUGCGGUUAUGGAUAAGCAAUGGCUAGAAAAGAAUGCGUCUUACAUGGAGUUCAACGAAGUUCUAAAAUCAACGAGGGCACAAUUAGAGCAAGAGCUUCUAAUGGAUGAAGUACUAGGCAUUGAAGACAUGCCUUCAUUUAACCUUCUCUGUUAACCCUUGAAAGAUAAUGGCAAAUGCUGGAGUUCCUAUAUUUUCGAAUGACACGGGGUGCUAGAUGACUAAAUAGCUGUUUCUUGCUUCAACUUUUUUCCUCGACGUGGGAAUUGGGAUCCUUAAAGAGAAGAUACAUGGUGAAAGUUUUCACCAAGUGGAAUUUACCAGAUUGUCCGCAUCUCACCUACAUGUUCAUCAAUGAAGUGUUUUCCAUUUAGCCUGACUCUGAAAUGUAUUUUGCUUAGAUCGGAAGAGAACUGUAACACAUAUCAGUAAUUUGUGCUUUGUGCUGAUUAUUUUGACGAUUAUGCCAAUCAGCGAAAGCAUUUUGGUUUCCUUGUAAUGUGGUUUUGUGAAAAUUCUAUGAAUACAAGUUUUGAUAUGGAAAAUUAUCCAAAUAGUUCAGUUUGCA